GAACAAUCUCUGAUUGUAAUGUUAGCUUGAGCAUGAGGGCUCAGUAGUGUCGGUACUUGAUACGCACUCAUGUACGAGGCAUAUGUAUCCCCUGCAACCUAGGAGACGGUUGUCCUUAUGGAUUAUGAAAAUGGGCAAAAUACGCAACCGGAAAUCAAGGGAAAAGAAGUGAAUGGUUACAGAAACACAGACGAAGAUGAACCUCUGCUUAAAGAAAACCCAAGGCGUUUUGUCAUCUUCCCAAUACAGUACCAUGACAUCUGGAAGAUGUACAAACAAGCACAGGCCUCCUUCUGGACAGUCGAGGAGGUGGAUUUAUCCAAAGACCUGAAUCACUGGGACAGCCUGAAACCUGACGAGAAGCACUUCAUCUCCCACGUCCUGGCUUUCUUCGCAGCGAGUGACGGCAUCGUCAACGAAAACCUUGUCCAGAGGUUCAGUCAGGAGGUGCAGGUCCCAGAGGCACGGUCAUUUUACGGUUUCCAGAUCCUGAUAGAGAAUGUCCACUCAGAGAUGUACGGCAUGCUCAUCAACACAUAUGUCAGAGAUCUGAAAGAGAGGGAUUACCUGUUUAAUGCCAUCCAGACCAUGCCCUGUGUGAAAAGAAAGGCUGACUGGGCACUCCAGUGGAUCUCUGACACCAAAUCUACAUUUGGGGAGAGAAUUGUGGCCUUUGCUGCAGUGGAGGGAAUUUUCUUCUCUGGGUCCUUUGCAGCCAUCUACUGGUUAAAGAAGAGAGGCCUUAUGCCUGGGCUCACCUACUCCAAUGAGCUCAUCAGCAGAGAUGAGGGUCUGCACUGUAACUUUGCCUGCCUGCUGUACAGCUACUUGGUUAAGAAGCCUUCUGCGGACAGAGUUAAGGAUGUCAUCACCGAAGCGGUCAGCAUUGAGCAGGAGUUUCUUACCAAAGCUUUACCCGUAGACCUAAUCGGGAUGAAUUGUACUCUGAUGAGGCAGUACAUUGAAUUUGUGGCUGACCGCUUGCUGACAGACCUGGGGCUGUCCAAGGUGUAUCAUGCAGAAAACCCCUUUGACUUCAUGGAGUCCAUUUCUCUGGAAGGGAAAACCAACUUCUUUGAGAAGAGAGUUGCAGAGUACCAGCGACUGGGUGUGAUGUCAAAUUCGAUGGACUGCGAAUUUACGUUAGACGCAGACUUUUAGUGUUGGAUGGCAAUUUUUAUUUAAUUUUGUUAUUUAUUCAUGAAGAGGAAAUUGUGUUUCACUUUGGUUUUAUGUGCUUUCAGGAAUGGCCCUGCAAACAUGUUUACACAAAUAGUGCAAAUAUUAAUAUGACUUAUGGGAACUUGAAUAUAGUCACGUUACAGCAUUUAAAUGCAAAAUAAAUAUCACUGAUAUAAUGUCAUUGAACUUAUUUAUCAGCAUCAAGGUUCUAAUUUUCUUCAGGAAUGGUGUGUUCAAAUUUGGUAUGUAUGGAUGGUCCGAAUUUAAAGGUACAAUAGGUAAUUUCGGAUUUCUAACGGCCAAGCGAGGAAUAGCAGCUGCAAACACCUUCAAACCACAACACCGUUUAUCCCUCCCCCUUCUGUGUAAACGUGCUGACGUUGAAACACCAUUGGCUGUGGCAAUUAAAAACUAUUUUUAACCAAU